AUGGAAGAAACACAACAAAUACAACCAAAUGACUCUGGACAUAUUGAGGUAAAAAGAGAAGAAAGAAAGGGUGAUAAAAUCUUUAAUUUUCUUUUUAAGUAUAUACACAAACUUAGAUUUGUUAUUGUAAUAUUUUGGAUUCUUGCCGUUAUUGGAUUUGCUUAUCCUGCAUUAAAAUUUCUUGGUGCUACAUCAUUGUUUAUUGAACCACCGAAAGGAACAUUAGCGUAUAGUGCAAAUCAGUUGGUUAAUGAGAAGUAUCCUGAUGUGUUUAAAGAAGGACAAAAUAUUGUGGCUAUUAAAACUACUGAUAACUCUUCUGUUCUUACGCCAUAUACUGAAUCAUUUUCACACCAACUAAAUAGUUGGAUGCAAGAACAACCAAUUAUUCUUUCGGCUGAAGGAUAUUAUCUUCUUCCUAAUGCUUCUAAUGCAACUAUAAUUGACCAAACUGCAUUGGAAAUAAUUAAAAAACAAUUUGUUGGGAAGUCAGGAGAUGUUACAACAAUUAUCAUUACAAUUGAUGAUAGAGAUGGUACAGCAAUUCCAAAAUUUGUAAAAUCAUUAAGAAAAGAAAUUAAACGAUUAAAUAAUGAAACAGAUAAGUAUUAUGUUGGGGUAACUGGAUUUGAACCUGGAAGUGUUGACUUACAAGAAGAAAUUAUGAUGUCAUUAAUGAAAAUGGAUAUUUCAUGUAUUCCAAUUGCUAUUUUAGUAUUACUUUGGGUACUUAAAUCAUUAUCUUUAAUGAUAAUUCCAUUGUGUACAAUUGUAACUUCAUUUGUUGUAUCAUUUGGAAUUAUGUAUCCUAUUACAUUUGCUAUUGAUAUUUAUGGUGUUGCUCCUGCAUUAAUGAUGUCAUGUAUAGCAGCAAUGUCUAUCGACUAUUCAUUAUUCUUAUUAACUCGUUUUUCAGAAGAAUUAUCUAUUGAACAGAGUUAUUAUGACGUUAUAAAAAAUACUUUACAACAUGCAGGAAGAAUUAUUUUUACAUCAGGAGGAUUAUUAACACUUUGUUUUGUAUCACUAUGUUUCUUUCCAUUAGAUGUUAUUAUUACUUUAGGAAUGGGUGCAGCUAUUUCCAUAUUUAUUACUAUUAUCGUUAAUUUAACUUUGACACCAUCUCUUCUAGGUAUAUUUCCAAAAUUCUUUUCUAAAAGAGGAUUUAUUCCAUGUAUUAAACGUUGUAGAGCAUGGGCAGAAAACAAAGAAAAAAGUUAUCAUAAAUCAAUUGGUUUAUAUUGGUGUGUACCCGUAAUCACUUUCCCAAUUAUUAUUGGAUUAUCUUCUGAUUAUGAUAUCUUUUUGUUUUCAAGAAUUAUGGAAUUAAGAAGAAAAGGAUUGUCAACCCAUUUAAGUGUUAUCAUUGGUGUAGAGAAAGCUGGGUAUUUAAUUUCUUAUGCAGGUAUUAUUAUGGCAAUUGCUUUCUCUGGAUUAUUCUUAAGUGCUAUUUUGAUGUUGAAUCAAUUUGCAUUUAUCUUAAUGUUUAGUGUGUUGUUAGAUACUUUUAUUAUUCGUUCAAUUCUUCUCCCUGCUAUCGUUAAUUUACUUGGAGAAUUAAAUUGGUUCCCUAAAAGAUAUGCUAUCCAAUUCGACAACUACAAAAAGUAUAUGGAUACUAUCUCCCCAGAAGUUUCAGAAGAAACCCCAAUCGUUCAUAAUACUCAAAACGGUAGUGAAGAGGGAAAUGAAAAAACUGCUUUAUUAACUAAUUAA